GUCUCUGGGAUUAGGAGCGCGGUUCUCUUGCCCAGCUGCCCGCGUGUCUCACCCAACACAGAAACACAGCGCGCUGCUCCUGCCGCUCCGACCCCGGGUUUUAUCCAGCCUUGUUCCUCCCCUCCCUCUGUUUGUCUCUCUCUCUGCCCUCCCCACAGCUCCACGCCGCUCCACUCCAUGCUCUCGCCUCUCGAGAAGAACCACAGCCGAGUUUUCCUAGCGCAGCCCCAGGAGACUUUUUCCUUUCCUGAGCCAGCAGACGGCAAAGGGGGCUGGGGAGGGGAGCUGAGCCCCGGCCAAGCCUGGCAAGGCAAGCCUUGAGUCAGUGCUAAACCUGCUUUGAGAGAGAGCGGGCAGGGGAGGCGCUUUCUCUAGAGGAGAGAAGGAGAAAAGAAACUCGAAACUGGCUUCCCCUGUGGCAUGUGUGUGUCCUGGCCAUCCCCUCCCGCCCCGCUGCUGUUAAAUGAGAGCACGUGAAGAACAUGAGGUUUCCUGCUUGAGAGGGAGGGAGGGCAGCGCUGGGGACAGAGGGAGGAGGAAGGCGAGCUGUGGCUUUGCGGUGUGGUUUACACCCGGAUCAGAGCUGGAAGUGCCUGGGGGUGGGAGCACAAGGAGAAAGGGCGUCUGAUGCCAGCUGCCAACAUGACAGAAACCCUGCAGCUCCCGGCGCUGCGGGUCCCCGAGCAGCAGGUGCUGGAGGGCGGCAGCGCCUGGUCCAGCUCGUCCACCCCGACCCUGCGCAGGAAGCGCUUCAAGAUGAGGAGGAUGAAGAACGUGCAGGAGCAGAGCCUGGAGGCCGGCAGGUACCAGGAUUCUCCUUCUUCCAGCAAGGAAUACCUGCAGCUGCCAUCCAUUGAGAUCACCCCCUCCAGUGACGAGGACACCCCCUGGUCCAACUGCUCCACUCCCAGCGCCUCCCCGCGCCGCAAGCGCUUCCUCCUGCGCAAGUGGCUGCGCGUCCGAGAGAAGAAGGAGUGCAGUGAGAGCAGCAGCCAGCAGAGCAGCCAGCAGAGCAGCCACGACGAUGACUCUGCGCGGUUCCUGAGCCCCUUCCUGCGUGAGGACAGUACUGCCAGUAACUCCAACCGCAGCACGCCCGCCUGCUCGCCCAUCCUGCGCAAACGCUCGCGCUCGCCCACGCCGCAGGACGCGCCGGGGGACGCCAUGGUGGAGAAGGGCUCCGAGCACUCCUCGGACAAAUCCCCGUCCACGCCCGAGCAGGGCGUCCAGCGCAGCUGCUCCUCCCAGUCCGGCCGCAGCGGCGCCAAGAACUCCAAGAAAAGCCAGAGUUGGUAUAAUGUAUUGAGUCCCACGUACAAACAGCGAAAUGAGGAUUUCAGGAAACUCUUCAAGCAGCUCCCGGACACCGAGCGCCUCAUCGUGGAUUACUCAUGUGCUCUCCAGAGAGACAUCCUGCUGCAGGGCCGCCUCUACCUCUCCGAGAACUGGAUCUGCUUCUACAGCAACAUCUUCCGCUGGGAGACACUGCUGACAGUUCGCUUGAAGGACAUCUGCUCCAUGACCAAGGAGAAGACAGCACGGCUCAUUCCCAAUGCCAUCCAAGUUUGCACUGACACUGAAAAGCACUUUUUUACCUCCUUUGGGGCUCGAGACAGGACGUACAUGAUGAUGUUCAGACUCUGGCAGAAUGCUCUGCUUGACAAGCCUCUGUGUCCAAAGGAGCUCUGGCACUUUGUCCACCAGUGUUAUGGGAACGAGCUGGGGCUCACCAGUGAUGAUGAAGACUAUGUGCCUCCUGAUGAUGACUUCAACACCAUGGGCUACUGCGAAGAAAUCCCUGUGGAGGAGAAUGAAGUCAACGACAGCUCCUCCAAGAGCAGCAUGGAGGCCAAGCCAGAAGCCAGCCCUCAGCUGCCAAAGAAAUCUGUCACUGCCAGUACCCUGACCUCCACAGGCAGCAGUGAAGCCCCAGCCUCGUUCGAUGGAGUGCUCCCAGAAGAGGAGGAGGCAGUGGCUGAGAGUCCAGUGGAGAAAGACCUUGGCAUUGCCAACAUCAUGGGAGAGAAAAUCGACAUCAUUGGCCCUGUGAACUCCCCCUCCCUGGACUUCAAUGACAACGAGGACAUUCCCACUGAGCUCAGUGACUCCUCAGACACCCAUGAUGAAGGGGAAGUCCAGGCCUUCUACGAGGACCUGAACGGGCGCCAGUACGUGAACGAGGUGUUCAACUUCAGCGUGGACAAGCUCUACGACCUGCUCUUCACUGACUCCCAGUUCCAGAGGGACUUCAUGGAGCAGCGCCGCUUCUCUGAUAUUAUCUUUCACCCCUGGAAGAAGGAGGAAAAUGGCAAUCAGACCAGAGUGAUCCUGUACACCAUCACCCUCACCAACCCUCUGGCCCCCAAAACUGCCACAGUCACUGAGACUCAGACAAUGUACAAAGCCAGCCAGGAGAGCGAGUGCUAUGUCAUAGAUGCAGAGGUGCUCACUCACGACGUCCCCUACCACGAUUAUUUCUACACCAUCAACCGCUACACGCUGACUCGUGUGGCCAGGAACAAGAGCAGACUCAGGGUUUCCACAGAAUUACGCUACAGGAAGCAGCCCUGGGGGCUGGUGAAAUCCUUCAUUGAGAAGAAUUUUUGGAGUGGCCUGGAAGAUUAUUUCCGUCAUUUGGAGAGCGAGCUGACCAAAACAGAGAGCACGUACCUGGCUGAGGUGCACAGACAAUCCCCCAAGGAGAAGGUGAGCAAGCAAUCCACGGUGCGGCGGCGGAAGCGCGGCCACGCCCACCUGCGGGUGCCGCACCUGGAGGAGGUGCUCAGCCCCGUCACCACUCCCACCGACGAGGAGGUGGCCCAUCGCAUCAAGCACGUGGCAGGUUCCACUCAGACACGGCACAUCCCUGAGGAGAGCCCCAGUGGCUUCCACCUGCAGAGUGUCUCCAAGCUGCUCCUUGUCAUCAGCUUUGUUCUGGUGCUGCUUGUCAUUCUCAACAUGAUGCUGUUCUACAAACUCUGGAUGUUGGAGUACACCACGCAGACACUGACAGCAUGGCAGGGCCUGAGGCUGCAGGAGAGGUUACCCCAGUCUCAGACAGAAUGGGCCCAGCUGCUGGAGUCCCAGCAGAAGUACCACGACUCCGAGCUGCAGAAAUGGCGCGAGAUCAUCAAAUCCUCGGUGAUGCUUCUGGACCAGAUGAAGGAUUCACUAAUAAAUCUCCAGAAUGGCAUCGGGUCCCGGGACUUCGGGUCAGAUCCAGAGGAGAAACGGAAACGUUUCCAUUGACAGGCAGGAAUGCAGGAGGCCAGAGGACGGUGUGCAAUAUGUGUAAAUAGGAUAUAUAAAUAUAUAUAUAAAUAUAUAUAUAUAUAUACAGAUAUAAAUAUAUAUAUAUUAUAUACAGAUUUUAAGAGAAAAAAACUGAAAAAAAAAAACCAGAAAAAAAAGCCUAAAGAGGGGAAGGAGUGACCUCCAACACUGGCUGAACUGGAGUGUCCCUGGGGUGUGUGUGUAUGGGAGGGCUGUGCUCUCCCAGCACUGAGGUGUGCUUGGGGCUGUGCCCAGCUCUGCUCCUGGGCCUGUGCACUGCUCCUCUGUAAUAUUCCUGUCUGUCUGUCUGUCUGUCUGUUCUGUUUCUGUUGUCUCAAAGGGAAGCAUCAGCGUGAGUGGCCCCCCCGCCCGUCCCCAUCCCCUCCCUGUGCAUGGAGAUCCCUGCUUCACUCUGUUUAUCUCUAAAGGGGACACUGUCACCUCCCUGACCUUGCUGGCUUCAGGGCACAGAGGUUUUGGCAAUCACAGUCAACCCCUUGCAGAACUGCUCUGGAGAGGAGGGUGAGUUGCUGUGGGUCUGUGGAGGGCAGAUCCCCCUGGCAGGCCCCUCCUGGGAGCAGAAAUGUGCUGUCAGGGCAGCCAGGCUGGCUCAGAGAGCAAAGCACAGAGUGUGACCGAGCUGCAAUCCCUUCCAUAAGCCCAGUUUGGAUUUGCUUCUUUGUGCCCUGGAUGCUGCAGUGAGAGCAGGGGAGCGUCUCCCUGCAGGGGCUGUGGGAGGGCAGAGCCACUCCUGUGCCAGUGUCCCCUUUAGCUGUUCUCUGCUUUCUCUGUGUUUGGCCCUGCCACUGAGCCACCCCUGUGCGGCAGGUCUGCAUUGCUGCUGGAAUCACCACACUGGGAGGACCCACAUUUAAGCAGAAAACCAAAAUUAGGAUUGAUUUGCAACCACUUCCACCCAGCUUAGCAAAUCUCUCUGCUGUUUGCUCAGCCCUUGUCUUGUAAAAUCUGUGGGAAAACAGGGUAAAGCAGCUUCCUUUCCUUGCCUGGGAUAAAUUGAUAUAAUUGUAUCUAUGCAGCAACAGCCAUCACUGUGCAUAUUGAUGUGAUUGCAUCUGUAGAGCAACAAAGCUUCCAAAAAUCCAGGAGAGGUCAGGAAGGGUCACAGGGACCAAGGGAGGAGAGGAAAAAGGGCCCAGCAGAGGGUGGCAGGACAGAGCUGGGUGUGAGGCACCUGAGGGGUGUCUCCCCUGGGACUCAGCUGGGAGUCAGCCAGGUGGUAGAACUGCACUAAAAAAAUGCACUGUGCAUUUUCAUUUUUUCUGGGCGAUAAUUCCAGACUCCAUUAGCAGCCAGAUGAGGAAGAGGGGCAGCUUGGCUGUGCUGUGCAAUGCACAAACUCCACAGGGACUCAUGGGGAUGCAGGCUGCUUCUUGAAGUGUUUAAUAAAUGCUUUGGCCUCUUCCCCAGCCAGGUAGAUUAGGGGAAUGUGAGUCCCACUUCGUCCAACACUGGGAUUUUUCCACCUGCUGACUGGCAGGAGGGAGGCAGCUGCACAUUCCCAGUUUGGAAAUGGUGCAGUUUUACCUCCUGCAUUACCUCCAGGAUGAAUAUUUGGUCUCACACCAUUAAGUAGCACAGAAUACACCCAGUGCAGUCUGAAGGAAAACCCUCUCAAGCUCCACUUUCCAUUCCAAAGGAUGCAGGAAUAACCUGGUGAUUUCUCCCAGCCUGCCUGCAAUCCCCACAACCACGUGCUGAACACAUGCCCCACACAGAACUCACAUGUGCAGGAGCAUGGAUGAAGCCAGGCUAUCAAAAGGACAUGUCAGACUGUGAAAGCAAGGUCCAGUUGGGGGAAACCAGAGAGUGAAGUGUAUUUAUGACUAUUUAUUUAAUUUAAUGCUGCUGACUACUGUACUGCUCCCUGAUUUUUUUGCAGGGAGGCUGCUGAAAUGGCUGCUGUACCAUGAAGUUGAGGUGCUAGGGCCUGGGAAGGGCUUUCUGUGGCUCAUUUUCCCCACUGUGACUUAGCAGACUGCCCCAGAGUCCCCUUUCCCCUUGUAGUCACUCUGACAAUUACUAAGCACACGAAUCUCCCCUACUGCUGGAAUUUCCCUCUUCUAGAAUUUAAUUUCAAGCACCAAGCAGGAUGACAGAGGAAGCUCUGGGAUUCAUCCUGCCCAUGCCAGGAGAGAGAAAGAACACAGUGAAAGAGGAACCUGGAAAGUGGGGUCUCUUCCACCUAGAGACAGAGAAAUCAGAGAGGCUCACAGAUAAAUGCUGCUGAUCAGUAUUUGUUGCUCACCAAUAUCACAUUCUCUCUGUUAGGAACCCUUUUUCUCAUCCUGAAUCCUUUCUCCUGUGCAGAUUUCCAGCUGCAGCCUCGGGCUGGGCCCCAGAGACAGAACUGCACAAGCUCUGUUUAAUCAAUCAGGCCAGGCAGCUGUAGCAACCUCAACACUAAUAUUUGUGCUACCUGCACAUUAAAGUGGGUUUUGAACCUGUUUGCUCCUUCUCCUGGCACUCAGCAAUGUGAAAUCCUUCAGGAAGAGCACAAGGGUGGUGGGCACCAAGCAGAACUGCAGUGUCCUUCACACUGAGGGAGGUUUCUCUUUGAGGCCUUAGUUUGUUGGGUUUUUUUCCUAGUUAUUUCUUUUUCCCACUUGGCAGCCAGUCUGGCUUGGAGUUGGAUGGGAUUCACAAUCUUUUUUUGCCUCUUAAUCUCUCACAAUAGUAAUAAAAAGGGGAAAAGCAAGGUCUUAAUGCACUGGUGGUGAGGGUUUAAACAAAAGCUUGGAGUGUUUUCCCUUCCUCUGGAGAGCUGGGAUAGGAAUCAGCUAUCCCUGCCCCAUCCCAGGUGACAGGUUAAUUCCUUCUGGAGCCAGAGACAAUUUUGGAUUACAUUUCCUGGAGGGAUCAGUAGCACUUUCUAGGAGUGAGAGGCCUGAAUAGUGUUACAGAGGGUGGUGCUUCCCUCAGCACUCUCAGCCAAGCCUGGCUCCCACCAUCAGAGCUUUGCUUUUCCCCCUGCACACCUGUGCCAGAAAUCCCCCUGGAUUCUAUUUACAGCAGGUGCAUUUCCCCUCCCAGCCUGACCCUUCCACAUCUGCUGGGCUUUGGUUUGCAGGAUCUGAACAACCACAAAAACAAGGAUUUAAAAAGAAAAAAUUAAAGGCAUUUCUCCAGCCAAGCAUGCAAGAGUAAUGCCAAUAGCUUGUAGCCUAAUUCCUGUCAAGGAAGAUGCCUGCUACUGGGAGGAGGGAGAAGGGGGAGCAGGAGGCUCUGAUCCACCAGUUUGUGACAUCCUCACUGAUCAGAUCUUGUCACAACCUCACCUCUGAUAAAGACAUACCUCCCAGUGCUAAUCUUAGGGAGUUCUGGCAGCUGGGAUGGGUUUGAGUCCUGGGUAACUGCUGUGCAACCAGGCAUUCCCAGAGUAGGCACCACAGGUUUCUACUGCAGCAGCUGCCUGUGAAGUCUCUGAAGGACCAAAAACCAGGUUAUUCCAGGUGGUGAGCUGCCCACUGCUGGGCCUGCACAUUCCAGAUAGUAAAUUUGGGGAAAUAAAGGCUAGAAAGGCCCUUGCAGUGGGAAGGUGUUAGCUGUGAUUAACAGGACAACGAGCUUUUGGGUUCUCUGUACUUCAGGCUCUCCCUUCAGUCAGAAAACUGUGCUAUUAACUCAUACUGACUGAUACCAGCUUCUGUCUAAAUCCUUCCUGGCUCCCUCAAGUCCUCUGGGAGAAGAGACGAAGGGCACAUGACUUUGAUCUCCCCUGAGCUGCCUGUCCUGCUGUGACACACAGGCUGCAUUUUCACCUCUGGCUACUGCCCUUGUCUGCUGGGUGACACCUGACCCUGCUUGGAUGCUUCUGAUCUUAAAAACAGAAACUUUAGGGACCUUAGGAAACAAUUUUAGUGUAGUGUGACCCUGGAUUGGAAGAGGAAAGGUUUCAAAGCACAAGGCUUUGCUGGAUUUGGAGCCCUGAAGGCACAAAGCUGCUUCUGAAAUAACAGGGCAUGUACUGGGAGAUCCCCUCCAGGAAUGCUAAUCCUGGAAUGCUGAUCCAUGUCCUUAUCAGACAGCUUCAGCAGCUCACCUGGGUGUAGAUAAGGACAGACUUUUCAGCCUCCUUGGCUCCUCAGCACUGUCCUGGUUGCCACAUAGGAGCUUUUCUUACCUUUAUGCAAGAAGGUAGAAUGUUUUCUUUCCCAGAGAGCGGCUGGAGACGCUUUUGGUCUGGGUACUUUUGGGUUUGCUGUGGUGUGCUGCAGCAGCUGUUCUCCCCAGAAGCAGUGUCAGGCAGCACCUGCUCUUCCCCACGAGCACAGAAACAAACUCCUGCCUGAUUUACAGCUGGAGCUGUCUGCUUCCACAUUACCCAGAAAAUCAGACUUAAAAUCACUGUUGAAAGCAGCAGUGCCUGGCUCGGGGGAGGCAGCUCUGUGCUGUCUGCCCAGGCAGCUGCUGCACCCCAGCUCUGACACAUCAGUGCUUUCUGCACUGCCUGCUCAGCUCCAAGGGGCUCUCCCACAGAUCCCUGCCAGGCUGCCACUGCCAUAGUCCAUGGCACAGCCACUGGACCCUGCUUCAUCUUUUCAGUCCCAGCACCACUCAAAAUACCUGGCAGGGGCUCACUUAAAACACAACUCAGAACAGGGACUCUGGAACCAAAGCCCCAGAGGGAAGUGGCUCACAGGACACCUGUGCCAGGGUGGUUCCUGUGCUGAUUUUCCAGCCUGUUCUCCACUGGACACUCUCUGAUCUCUGUGGCUCAGAGAAUAGUUGUGCCCCAGUGGUUCCUGUGCUGAUUUUCCAGCCUGUUCCCCACUGGACACUCUCUGAUCUCUGUGGCUCAGAGAACAGUUGUGCCCCAGUGGUUCCUGUGCUGAUUUUCCAGCCUGUUCCCCAGACACUCUCUGAUCUCUGUGCUUUGCAGUCUCUCCAGCACGAGUCUCUCUGUGCCAUAAAACCUCUCUUUUUCUAGAUGUGCACACUGGCCAAAUAAUCUCGUGUCUUGGGUGACUGCUGGUCAAGGCAUUCCCAGAUCUAGGCAGACAGCCUGGGCUUCUCUUAGCAUGGAUCCAUGGCAUGCCAUGCCCUCCUCCUCUCCCACAUGUUUUGCAGUGCUGGCUAUGGCUUUUCCCUGUCCCCUCCCACCUCUGCUGCUGGACAAUCAUUACCUGUGUCAUAGAUGCUCUGACCUGGUGCUGUCCCUGCCUGCCUUCCCCUCCUGCAGUCUGUAUGCUCUUCAAGUGAAUGUGUUUUAUUUUAUUUUAUUUUAUUUUUCAGUAGGGAAAAGGACUUCCUUCUGCUGAAGGAAUUAUAUUUGCACAUGGCUCGGGGAGGUUCCUCCUCUGGCCGUUUCUGUUACCUCACUCAUUUAGGCCAAUUCCAUUGCUAACUUUCAAGGCCACCUUCCCUGCCCCAAACCCCAAGAGUAGGGAAGGAACAAACCCCAGGUUCUGGAGCCACUUAUCCAUUAAGAUUUGGGACAGCAGCUGUUCCAGCUCCAUCCAGCAGGGAGGUGGAGCCUGUGCUAUGCACGUCACCCCCAUCUCCACAUUCCCAGCUCCUGGGAAAUGGCCCUUGGAGAGCAGGGAUGGAUGGAUGGAGCUCCACUGGAUGUGGAGGGAGGGAAGAGCAGCAGAGCAGUGGCAGCAUCACAACCUCCCAUGGCACCUCUGGCACAUCACCAUUCCUGGGGGAUUGCAUCUCCCACCUCGUGCUCCAGGGCUGGAGGGAGCUGCUAAACCCUGGGGCGUGUUCUCCCCACCUGGAUCCUGCAAUUCCUGUACACGGCUGAUGCUGAGCGAGGCUCUGCUCUCCUCAGCACAGCAGCAGCUCCUACAACCACAGAAAUCCCCUCCAGAGCCUGGGAAGCAGGGGACUGAUGGCUGAGGUGACUCUGGGGUGGGUGGGGGAAGGAUUGUGGGUUUGUUUUAGGAGUUGUCCCGACUGUCAGAAACUUUGCGCUGUGCGCAAAACAAAACAAAACAAAACGCAAAAACAAAAAAACCCAA